CCAAAAUUACAUCGCAUCCAAUUUAGAAAAAUACAAUACAAUCUCAACUAGAAAAACUACCAUGUCGUCGGAGGAAAACCGCCACCACGGCCACCACCACGGCCUCUUCCACCGCCACAAGGAGGAGGAAGAAAAUGUCCUCUCCGAAACCACCCCAUAUUCUGAAUCUCAAUUCUCCGAAAACUCCACUUAUUCAUCUGACAUCUCUGAAAACAAAACCGCCAGUUACGGUGGUGGCUACGGCAAGUCAGAAAACAAGUUCGCCGCCGAGCACGGUGGUGAUCGGUACGGUGAGUCGGAAGAUAAGGCAGGCGAAUACGGCGGUGGUUAUGGUAGGUCUGAAAAUAAGGUCGCCGGCGAGUACGGUGGUGUGUACACGUACAGCGAGUCAGGAAAUAAGGACGGCGAGUACGGUGGAGGGUACGGCGAGUCAGAAGGUAAGAGCGGAGAAUACGAAGGUGCAUACAGGAAGGGUGGACAUAAAUCCGGCGAGUUCGGUGGUGGGUACGGUGGGUCAGAAGAUAAAGGCGGCGAGUACGACGGUGGAUACAGAAAAGAAUAUGAGGAAGGAAAUGAAGAGGAGAAUCCAGAUUACAAAAAGGAAGAGAAACACCACAAACACCUUGAACACCUCGGCGAGCUCGGUGCGGCCGCCGCCGGUGCCUUUGCCUUGCAUGAGAAGCAUGAGGCAAAGGAGGACUCAGAGCAUGGGCACAGGCACAAGUUAGAGGAGGAGAUAGCGGCGGUCGCCGCCAUCGGAGCUGGUGGCUUUGCAUUUCAUGAGCACCAUGAGAAAGAAGAGGCAAAGGAGCAAGAUGAAGAGACUCAUGGAAAGAAGCAUCACCAUAUAUGCUAAAUUAAACCUCCUAUAAUUUCCACAAUAAUAUUGUUCAUUUCAUGAGCUAAUUACUAUCACUUAAAUAAAUAAUAAUAAUAAUAAUAAUAUUAAUAAUAAUAAUAAUAAUAAUAAUAAUAAUAAUAAUAAUAAUAAUAAAGGUUGUGUUUUGUAAAAGUAUGGUUUCAAAAGAAGUGUUUGGCCAAAGCCAAUGUGCCAUAAGCUAUAUUGUAUUGUAAAGUGUGGUCUUGUGAGUGCUUUCUUCUAAGUUUGUUUUGUACUUUA